UAAAGCCUGCAUUCAUCUCCCCAUCUAAUCUUAACAGAAACUGAAAGAAAAGCCUACGAAGGACUCGGCAUUCGGUUACUAUUCAAAAGAGCUGUCAAUCCUGCCGAAUAAAUCGCGCCUGAUUAUUUCAGUUGGGUGUUCUGGGAUUUCCAUAAAACAUACAGAAAUAAAACGUUUCUUUACUGGAUGGGGGUGGGGGUCGAUUUCCAUGCGAGGUCAGCUCAGCGAUAGAAACGCGUAACGGCUGUUAAUUUCAGCGCAAAGACGCACACGCCCAAGGAUUACAAUGCUUUGGGGGGCUUUGGUCACUGUUGUGGCUCUGUCCUUGUUGGUGGAAGACGUUACUGGUGGUUAUGGGAUGAGCAUGUUUGCUGCUCAGACGUCCCCGCCGGACCCGUGUUACGAUGAGAACGGCAACCCAAGAAGAUGCAUCCCUGACUUUGUCAACUCCGCGUUCGGCAAGGAGGUGCGGGUCUCCAGCACCUGUGGUAAGCCGCCGGCGCGGUACUGCGUGGUGACGCAGAAAGCAGAGGAGAAGUCCAGGAACUGUCACAUCUGCGACGCCGGAGACCCCAAAAAGACUCACCCGCCAGCCUACCUGACAGAUCUGAACAACCCGCACAACCUCACCUGCUGGCAGUCCGAAAAUUACCUCCAGUACCCGCAGAAUGUCACCUUGACUCUGUCCCUGGGCAAAAAAUUCGAGGUCACCUACGUGAGUCUGCAGUUUUGCUCGCCCAGACCCGAAUCCAUGGCCAUCUACAAGUCUAUGGACUACGGCAAAUCGUGGGUCCCGUUCCAGUUCUACUCGACGCAGUGCAGGAAGAUGUACAACAAGCCCAGCAAAGCGGCAAUCACCAAGCAAAACGAACAGGAGGCGAUCUGCACCGACUCCCACACCGACAUGCAUCCGCUCUCCGGGGGACUUAUUGCCUUCAGCACCCUGGAUGGUAGACCCUCGGCUCACGACUUUGACAAUUCGCCCGUUCUUCAGGACUGGGUGACCGCCACUGACAUCAAGGUGGCAUUCAGCCGCCUGCACACUUUUGGGGACGAGAACGAGGACGAUUCGGAGCUGGCUCGGGACUCGUAUUUUUACGCGGUGUCAGACCUACAGGUCGGGGGGCGCUGCAAGUGCAGUGGCCACGCUUCCAGGUGCGUCAAGGACAGGGAUGACGAUUUGGUUUGCGAGUGCAAGCACAAUACUGCGGGGCCGGAGUGUGACCGGUGCAAACCAUUCCACUAUGACAGACCGUGGCAACGCGCAACAGCCAGAGAGGCAAAUGAAUGUGUGGCAUGCAACUGUAACCUGCAUGCCCGCAGGUGCCGAUUCAACAUGGAGCUUUACAAACUGUCUGGGAGAAAGAGCGGCGGGGUCUGUCUGAACUGCCGUCACAACACAGCUGGGCGGCACUGUCACUACUGCAAAGAGGGCUACUACCGGGACAUGUCCAAACCCAUCUCCCACAGGAAGGCAUGCAAAGCAUGCGAUUGUCAUCCCGUGGGUGCAGCUGGCAAAACCUGCAACCAAACCACAGGUCAAUGUCCCUGUAAAGAUGGUGUGACCGGGAUCACAUGCAACCGAUGUGCUAAAGGCUACCAGCAAAGCCGUUCCCCCAUUGCCCCCUGCAUAAAGAUUCCAGUUGCUCUGCCCACCACCCCUGCCAGCAGCACAGAGGAACCUGCAGACUGUGACUCCUACUGCAAGGCCUCUAAAGGAAAGCUGAAGAUCAACAUGAAGAAGUACUGCAAGAAAGAUUACGCCGUGCAGGUGCACAUCCUGAAAGCAGACAAGGCUGGGGAGUGGUGGAAGUUCACGGUGAACAUCAUCUCCGUGUACAAGCAGGGAGAGAACCGCAUCCGGAGAGGAGAUCAGCUCCUCUGGGUGCGCUCCAAGGACGUGGCCUGUAAGUGCCCUAAAAUCAAACAGGGCAAGAAGUAUCUGCUGCUGGGCAACGACGAGGACUCUCCGGACCAGAGCGGUGUGGUGGCAGACAAGGGCAGCCUGGUGAUACAGUGGAGGGACACGUGGGCCCGGAGACUCAGGAAGUUCCAGCAGAGAGAUAAGAAAGGAAAGUGCAAGAAGGCCUAAAGAAGAGAGAGGAAGGGUGCGAGAGAGGGAGAAGGAUGCGAGAGAGGGGGGGGCGGGGGGGGGGGAGAGACUGAGCGGUGCUGCUUUGAGUAGGAGCAUGAAGAGAAAAUUAGGAUGACUUUUGUGGAAGAGCUCACACAACUUUUUUUUUUUUUUUGAGAUUAUUUUACUUUUGGAUUUGCCGAGUUUGCACCUAAUAUUACAAAUAUAUAACUUUGUUUUCUUCUUAUUUGUUUUUUUUUUGUUUGUUGCUUUUUUGGUGUGUAACAAAUUCCAUAUGUUUUGAACAGAACUUUUUAGUCCAGCUACCAAAACCCAACUACUGUAUUGCUUUUCAAUUCCAAAAGCAGCUCGAUUUCUUUUCUUCUUGUUAUUUUUAGGACAAGCAACGAAAGGAGAAAAGGUAUGUGCAGGAUGACUGCUAGGUCUAACGCCUGAUCACAGGAACUGUGUAAUCUUAAAAAAGGACAGUAUUAACUUUUUAGAUGUAUAGUUAAACUAAGCUUUUAUUGUGGUUCCUGCAUUCAGUAUCUUGUAAGAGUAAAUGUUGACAUAUCCCAUAGCUAAACAAAAGGCUAUAUCGUGGAACAGUACCUCAUUAUAUUAUAGUUCACUCUAUGUUAGGAUAUUAAAGUGCCAAAAUUGUACAUUUUGGGGAAAGUCUUCUUAUUGAGAUGUGUUGAAGUUGACAAGCUCUUGACCUGGGUUUCAAUCGCAAUGGAGGCUGGGUACAGCAAAUGGGUACAGCAAGGUACAGCAAGGUACAGGCUGGGUACUGCAAGAUUCAGUUUCUGAAUCUUGAAGAGUGCAUGUUUGAGCCCUUUUAUGGGAGAAGUUAAAAAUAAUGUGUUUUCUCAUAUAGAGAGACAGGCAAUGUACUCUUUUUGGCCAAAUCAGUCUGCGUGGGGUUCUGUAAUCCAGGAGAAAGAGGCCCCAACGCAUCCUCAUUGACCGUUGCUUUUUAAAAUAUUUCUUUCCCUUGAUGGAAUUGACUUACAGCCUCAAAAGCUUAAGCAUUUGGGCCACAUCGCCAAAUAGAACCUGAGAUCUAAAUUCAGAAUCAAAGGAAACUCAUAAUCGCAGAUUAUUUAUAGUUUGUUUCUAAUUGACUUCCACGGUAAUAUAAUUUAGAUUUGCCAGCCUUCAUUAGAGUUUAGACCCAUUUUUUUUUACCUUAUGCAGACAAAAGGGUUUUCUGGUGGCUGAUCCAUGUUUCCCAAUACACAUGCAGCAUUAAUAUUAUACAGUAUAAUCUAAACAGAGUGCUGUUUCUAACGCUUCCUUAUCUAUACAUUCUGUACAUGCAAGUGUUUCAACCCCACCUCCCCUAAAUUAAUAAAGAGAGAUGUAUUUCCUGUAGACCCACAGAGCAGUUAGUGGACAAUCAAGGUUGUCCCCGAUAGUUACUUCCACCCGGCACAAUCCUUCACGAGCAAACUCCUUCAUUUCUUUCUCAAGACCUGAGCUACUGGGUCUCUCUCAAUCCCCAUGUAUAACACACAGAGUUGUUGCAUCAGCCCUUCAGGAGAUCUGGGUUUCUGCAGAGCAGCUCCUGUGCAAGCACUUACAGCCGUCAAACCGGAGCUAGCAGACAGCAGGGACAGGACCACCAGAGGAAAAGGAACUUGUGGACUUUUGACAUUGCCCCAAGUAGCAACCCACAUUGACGAGCUUUGACAGCCUGGAAUCACAACUCCUGAUGAUUCUGCAAAGCAGCCCACAGCCCUUCCAGAAAUGUAGUAUGUUGAGUAUACUGCUAGGGUCUCCUGUACAGUACAGCAGCAAUAGGCUAUCAAUAUACAGUGGUAUAUGUUUGUAGUAUGCUGUUGUCUUGUAAGUAAGCUCAUUGUUCAUGUUAUGCCACUGUACAGAUAAGAAGAAAAGGCUCUAUUAACAAAAGACAAUGCAUUAUAAAUCAUUACCUCCAUUUUUGCAGGCCUUUUUCUAGUCUUUUUGUAGUAGAAUUAGCAACCAGUCUAACCAUAGCUGUGGUCGUAAAUACAGCCUUUACAGUUAUUUGUAACCCCUUGGGUUCAACAAUGGAUGCUGUAAAAAAAAAUAUCCAUUGAAUUCCUUAAAGAACUGUGUUGAAGGAGGGUGAUCAGAAACAUUACCUUGCAUCCAGCAUUUGGCUCUGUUGCAAAUGUUGUAACACUUUCCUGAAAGGAAACAGCUAGUAAUAAACAACUGAUUCAAUCUUAAUUACAGCGUGUAUACUUAUAGCGGUUCUUUAAAGACACAAGUGGUGCCGUAAAUACAGCCAACUCUUAAAAUACACCACCUGUUUAUUUCUAGCUAGCCUUUGCAUUGUUAUAAACUGUUUUCAGUGUUAUAAAGUGUGGUGCAACUGAGCAAAAAGAUUUCAAAUGAAUGUCAUUCACUUCCGUUCCAAAAGCUAAAAUUCGGGGAAACCAUUUGAAAAUGACUGACUGUGGGAAGGAAAACCUUAUCCUUUCCUGAAAAUAUUUUUUAGCACCUGAACUCUGCGGGUGGAUAAAAUGUAAAAUCAACUGGCACUGAUUCAACCAUUAAAAAAAAACACUAUAAAUCCCAAUUUAGUUUUUACUGAUAGACAAAGCAAAAAGAAAAAUGUGUUGUGUUCUAAACAUAAUCUUCAUUUUUUACUUAGUCAUAUUAACCAGUAUGAAUUAUUUUUAUUUGUAUUUGUAAAAAAAAAUAAAAAUGAAACGCAGUAAAUAAAAUCAAUAUGUGAUAGAUGUGUGCAUUUUAAAAAGCAUCAAAGUUUAUUUGGUACUCAAAUAAAGGCGUUACAAGUCAUUUAAAAAAUGUUAUUUGUAUAGUUAGUAUUUUUAUGUAAAACCUUAACUAGAUUAUAAAAGUGAAUUAUUAUUAUUAUUAUUAUUAUUAUUAUUAUUAUUAUUAUUAUUAUUAUUAUUAUUAUUAAUAACCAAAAAUUAAAUAUUUUAAUUUUUUUUUUUUUUUUUUAAAGACAAAUACAAUCUAGAAACUAUACCUGUUUUAUUUUGUCAUGUGAGCUGACAGGCCUGUUGCACCCAUUCUGCCUUUUCUGCACCUGAUAAAAUGCACAAGGUCCCUACAUGUGCAUCAAUAAUGCAACUGCAACAAAACUCCCCUAGCUGUGUGUGUGUGUGUGCAGUUUUAAAUUAUUUUCCAUAAAUCAAUGACAAGCCAUCCAGAGUUUCACCUGAUUCCCAAACUGUAUCAGAGCAGGACAUUGUCAGUGUAACCGCUGAAGUUCAAGCCGAACAGGAGCCACAUGAAGAAAUCGCAAUGUAUUUUCGAAUAGGAGAAAGAGAUAAACAGUUGAUGACGGUUUGCCCUUUGUAAUGCAAAAAGAAGGUUACAAAAAAAACGAGUUCUAAAUGACGCAGAUGUGGGCCCAGCUUUACUCAACAGUUCAACCCUUUAAGCUGUGAAUUCAAGAUAUUCCAAGAUAUUUUCCCAAAAGCAUUCCCGAGCAAGACUGGUACAUCUCACCUACAGAUGGGAUAGUGCCUGUACCCAGUUUUAUUGAGCUGGACUGGUCUUAAGUCUAAACCGAUAAUCCAAACCACUGUCAAGAACAAAGACUCAAGCUGGGGUGCACUGUAUGUGUUUGUGUGUGUGUGAAUGUAUCUGAAUCAUCUACUGUACGAUACUGCCUGCAUAUGUGCUUAUAUUGUAUGAGCAUUCUAAUAUAUAACACAGUGUUGAUAACUUUCUAUGAAAUAGUAAAAGAAAUGUAAAAUAAAAACAUGUUUCACACUGCAUAGCUUCAUAUCACAUUUUACCAGGUUACAAGCUGUAGUCACCUAAAGUGCAUAGUGUUUAUUGUAGGGCUAGUUGCACAGGUAUCAGUGAAACGCUCAAUUUGGAAGUUGUCAUACUGACAUACAAAUUCAAUUACCUAUUUGUCACAGACACCGUCCGGUUGCAUGGCUUUCUAACAUCGUUUGUGUAUUACAUUAACUUCUAUUUGGAGAGCUGGCAAAUGUAUUACAAUUGACAGCUAUUGAUCUUACAGGGUAAGAGCUUUGCAAAACGGAUCUAAAUCAAAACCAACACUCUCCACACACACACGGCUAUUUCUCUUUUUUUUCUUUUCCCAUGUACACUACACGACUUCAAUACACUAACCAACUGUCCCUCUUGGGUGACAUACAAUGUGUACAAGGUACUGUUAAGGGAGACAAUUACCUUAUAAAAGGCCAUAAAGAAAGAUGCUGUUUGUGUUCAAGGUCAGUUUUCAAAAGAAAGAAUUUUCUAAACUGAUCUUUAUGACACACACAAAGACCUGCCGGACCCCUUUUCUCUGCUCCCACGUUGAAUUGUAAAUGUUUAGUGGUGGCAAAUGCAUACUUCUGCAAUGUUUCUCUACGAUGCAUACUAAUAUAUUAUGGUUAUUAUAUAUGAAUAUAUUUAAUGACAUAUGAAACAUUGUGGAUUUUAUUUUGUCUUUUUUUGUUUUUAUUUGGUUGUUAGAUGGCUGUGAUUAACUAAACCAGAAGGAUUCUGUAACAACUGAACACCUACCUGGAUGUACUAAACCCAGAAUUCAGUUAAAUAAAACUCCUGUAAACUUUACCCUCA